UACUGAAGUUGCUUGACAAUUUUACAACAUGGGCCACGCCAUGGGAAGCACUUCAAACUUGGCCUUCGUCCUGCCUGAAAGCUUGCCACGGCUGGUGACCACAAGACAAUCGACCAGGCCGCACCAUGGCACGGUGCCUGGUGGCAGCGCCUCACAGUCGACCGCGUCUGCAUCGACUGCGGCCUGGCUCUGUGCAGCCACGGUGGCCACGGUGGCCAUGGCGCAUCGGCGAGGUUCGAAAGCCAGGGUUGUCAGCCCUGCUGUCCUGGAUGGCACAGCGGAUAAUGCCCCGAAGGUGGUACUGAUGGGCGACUCGGUGUUGGACAAUUUCUUCUGGUUAGAGACGCCCAAGCGACACUUGCGGCUUCAGCUGCAAGAUGCUCUGGCGAAGUCCCGGAAUGCCAAGGUGAAGCAGCUGAAAUGCGUGAACUUGGCCGUGGACCAGAUGACCACAUUUGACUUUGUGGAACGAAAACCACAGGAUAAUCCAUGGGACGUUUAUGCCAAAGCUCGGAGAAUGGUUGCAUUUGAAGAUGAUGAGGACAAAGAAUAUGUUGUUGAUGGCGAUGGUGUGAUAAGAUCUGUGGAAAAUUUAAAGCAACUCAAGAACGUCAAGUGGGUUGUGCUGUCGCUCGGGGGCAACGAUGUCUACUUGAAUGCCGAAGUCAAGGGCAAGUUGGUGAGCUCAUUGUUGCCUCAAUCUGAAGGAAAACGCAAGGAGGUCGCUCAGGAGUUUGCCAAGCGCCUGAAAGGGGUCCUGGAGAAGGUGAAGGCUGGGGCCCCGGAUGCGUCGUUGAUAUUGGUGGUGCCAUACCAGCCACAUCAGGAUUUCUCGCUGAUGAUGGGUGCACCUAUCAACGAUGAGGGCAAGAGGAUUUAUGGCGACAUCUUGGGUGAUGGCACGCGAGUUUUGGAACGUCAGCUGCUACCAGAUUUGGUGAAUCCCAUGGUGAUCGAGAUGAUCGCCCUUGGACGAGAGAUGGGCUGUCCCAUCAUUGACUUAUCGCAAACAUUAGAUCCCAGUAACGAGGAGCACUACGGAACAGGCGAAAUUGGGAAGGUCAAUGAACUGGGGACCCCAUGGAGUGGCGCCGAACCAUCUGACGUCUCCAGUGACUUCACCGCGCAGCUCCUGGCGCACGCCAUCGCUGAAGGCUCCAAGGCCUCGGUCUAUCGUGGCCUUUGCCGCCAGGAGGAGAGAGGCUGGACUAUGACUGUCAAAGAGGAGAAAAAUGACUGGAUCUUUGAAAAGGACUACCGCUUCGGCGGGAAGCCAGUCUCAUCCACCAUCAGCCGGAAGAGACAAGGAGGGGAGAAACCAAUGUUCAAACUGGGAGCUUUUGAUUCCUUCUUGGCUGGUGCUGGAGUGGUGAUCCUCAUCAAUAUUGCGCUGCUGCUUCAAGGUGGCAGUCCCCUUGGCUUUGACCGAGAAGAGUUCGAGCGACAACUGGAAAGUCAGGGCUUGAAGGUGAUCCCCCCGGGGGAUGUCUGGGAUUUCUGUGGCAUUCCGACUUUGGGACCUUUGGGCCCUUGGAUGAUUUGGAUGAUGGGAGGCCAAAGUUUGAAAUGGCUCAGAACAAUUGGAAAAAUGGCGACCAGUUUUUCAUCAGAGUAG